CUUCCGGUGUAGCCCAGCCCAGCCUUGUUGGCGCUGAGCGAGGAGUGAGUCAGAGAGCAGCCGAGCCCGAAGGCAGGCAGGGAGGCAGGCAAGCAGUCGGAGGGACAGGUCUUUCCAGCUGAGCUUCCGGACGCAAUCUGCGGGAUGGAACCCCAGGCCUCAUCCAGGCUCAGCUCCAGGAAACGGAGGAAGGAAGGAGUAGGACCCAAUGGGGCCGCCGAGACGGAUGGCAUCCCCUUGAAAAUGCCAAGGAGCUGUUUAGGAUUAAGGGAGCCAGCGCCGUUUUCCGACGAGCUUGAGGUGGAUUAUAGUAAGCCGUACAGCCGGGUGACGUUUGAGGAGGCCACAAAAGGGACACCACCAGACAGGCCUGUCAGGGUUUAUGCAGAUGGCAUUUUUGACCUUUUCCAUUCCGGACACGCCCGGGCCCUGAUGCAGGCGAAAAACCUCUUCCCAAACACAUACCUCAUUGUGGGAGUCUGCAGCGACGAACUAACGCACAACUUCAAGGGUUUCACGGUGAUGAACGAAGCUGAGCGCUAUGACGCCGUGCAGCACUGCCGCUACGUGGACGAGGUGGUGAGGAACGCGCCCUGGACGUUGUCGCCGGAGUUUCUCGCCGAGCACAGGAUUGACUUUGUUGCCCACGACGACAUCCCCUAUUCCUCUGCUGGCAGCGAUGACGUCUACAAACAUAUAAAAGAAGCAGGCAUGUUUGCACCAACCCAGAGAACGGAAGGGAUUUCCACAUCGGACAUCAUCACCCGCAUUGUCCGGGACUAUGAUGUUUACGCUCGGCGGAACCUGCAGAGGGGCUACACGGCCAAAGAGCUCAACGUCAGCUUCAUCAAUGAGAAGAAGUAUCAUUUGCAAGAGCGCGUGGACAAGGUGAAGAAGAGGGUGAGGGACGUGGAAGAAAAGUCCAAGGAGUUUGUCCAGAAAGUGGAGGAGAAAAGCAUUGACCUCAUUCAGAAAUGGGAAGAGAAAUCCCGCGAGUUCAUCGGCAACUUCCUGGAGAUGUUUGGCCCAGAAGGAGCCCUGAAGCACAUGCUGAAAGAGGGCAAGGGCCGGAUGCUCCAGGCGAUCAGCCCCAAGCAGAGCCCCAGCAGCAGCCCCACGCACGACCGCUCGCCCUCCCCGUCCUUCCGCUGGCCCUUCACCGCCAGGACGCCCCCCUCCUCCCCAACCAGCCUCUCCAGGAACAAGUCGGCGGUCGCCUACGACAUCAGCGAAGACGAGGAGGACUAAGGACCCGUGUCAGGAAGAAGGGGAAGCUUCUCUUUUCCCAAAAGGCUUCGUGGGACGAGUCCCGCCUCGCAAAAGGAGCCACCAGGAAAACCCGCGCCAAGCGAGAGGUUGGGCCUGUCUCGGAUGUCCGCCCCGGUGGCACCUUCCUCCCAUCCUCAGGGCUCCGUUACCAGGGAGUGCGCGGUCCUACACUGCAACCCAUUCUUUGCUCCCUGCUUCCAUUUUAUUGGUUAUUCUCUCUCUCUCCCUCCCUCUCUCUCUCUCUCUCUUUCUUUGUUGGAGCAGCAGCGCAUAUUUUUGCAUUAUUUUAAACCGUCGUAAACGAUUGGGGUUCAAGUUGAGCCCCUUAUUUGGCAAAGCAGCAGGGCAGAGGGACCAACUUUUGAGCAUCCACCCCUUUGUCUCCCCCUUUGACCCACCAGUUGGUCCUUCCAUUGCAACUUUGCAUGCUUUCGCCAACUAGGUCUUCCAGCUUAUGUGAGGUUGAGGCAAUACAAGAAAGCAUUGUUUUCUCUCUUUCAGAGUAGCAACAAAAGCAAAUGCAUCAUUUAAAACUUUCCAAAGCUGAUAGCAUUCAAGCUGAGGGCCUUGUUUGGCAAACCAGCAGAGCAGAGGGAGCAACCCAUUCUCUGUCUCUCCCUUUGACCCACACAUUGAUCCAUGUUUUGUAACUCUGCAAAUUUUCUCCUGCCAACUAGGUCUUCCAACUUGUGUGAAAGUUGAGGCAAUGCAAUUUAGGCUUCAUUAUAUAAAAAUAAUCCAGUAGUUUGGGACUGUGACACUCUACAAGGCUUUGGGGAAGCAGGGGUGAUCACCCGGUAUCCUCAAGUCGCUAGUCUCAAAGGGAGAGAGAAGUGGAAGGGGCUGCCCUUGGUAGCAAUCAAAUUUCCAACCUAGCAGCUCUCCUGAGUGUUUCUUUUUCCUCCAUCUGGCAAAAGGAGCAGCUUUUCUUAAUUCAUUUCCCAAAGGCAGGCUAAGGAGAGCAUUGUUAAAGCCACAUUUGAGGGUGUUCAUUAUGAAGGAGACCACUCCUGGGAUGAUGCUCAUGCUUUCAACUAGGGAAGAAGUAAUGCUCGUUCCUGUAGAACUAGACUCUCCAACCUGGUGGUAGACUACCCAUAUCUCCCAACUUGGUGACCCUCCAAAGGGCUUAAAUGAUCAAAUUUCCAACUUGGUGGCUCUCCAAAGAGGUUUGGUGGUCGCAUCUUCAACUUGGUGGCCUUCCAAAGGGGUAAGGUGGCCAUAUCUGCAACGUGGUGGCCCUCCAAAGGGAUUAGAUGACCACAUCUUCAACUUAAUGGCCCACCAAAGGGGUUAGGUGACCACAUCUGCAACUUGGUGCCCUUUUACAGUGGUUCGGUGAUCACAUCUUCAACUUGGUGGCCUUCAAGAGGGGUUAGGUGACCACAUCUCCAACUGGAUGGCCCUCCAAAGGGUUAGAUUACUGAUGUCUCCAACUUGCUGGCCUUCUAAAUGGGUUAGGUAACCACAUCUCCAACUGGAUGGCACUCUGAAAGGGUUAGAUUACUGACGUCUCCAACUUAGUGGCCUUCUAGAUGGGUUAGGUAACCACAUCUCCAACUGGAUAGACCUCCGAAAGAGUUAGAUAGCCCACAUUUCCAACUUGGUGGCCUUCCAGAGGUGUUAGAUGACCACAUUUUCAACUUGGUGGCCCUCCAAAGGGGUUAGUUGACCACAUUUUCAACUUGGUGGCCCUCCAAAGGGGUUAGGUGAUCACAUCUCCAACUUGGUGGCCUUCCAGAUGAGUAGGUGACCACAUCUUAAAUUUGUGACCCUACAAAAGGGUUAGAUAACCCACGUCUUCAACUUGGUGGCCCUCCACAGAAGUUAGGCUACUGCAUCACCAAUUUGGCCUUCCAGUUGCUGGCUGGGGGACUGUGGACAUGGUAUUCUGGACAGGGAUUCCUUACAUUGGAACCCACCAAGUUGGAGAAGGAGGAUACAUAUUCAAAUGUCUUCCUUUUAAUUUGGCAACAGAAUGGUACAGAUUUCGAGACUCCUUCAAAGCAACCUCUCCUGUGUUUUUGUGUGUUUUACUUCUGGCCAAAGCCCCAUGUCUUCCUUUUUCUAAGUCCCCAACUUUUGGCUGGACUCUCUACAUCAUCUCUCAGAACUGUCUGUCCUGAAUGUUUCAUCUCUGAAUUGCAUUCUCUCAUCUUUCUGGGUCUUCUGUCUUCUUCCGCUGCUGUUUCAGAUGGGCCUGCUGCCUUCCCAUCUUAUGGGGCAGUGAGAGGAAAUGCCCUCCUUCUCAAAAUGGCACCCAGUGUGCGUUGUGUCGCCAAGGUAGGGCAAAUCCAGGUGGGGAUGCUCCAUGGCCGAAUCUUGGUCUUACAAGACAGUUUCCUCACCUUUUAGGUCCAUCCUGCGUUAGAUGCAAAUAAUCCAGGGCUUUGGAGCUAGGUGCAAAGGAACCAGAACUUUUUGGACUACAUCUCCCAGAGUUCCUUUAGCCAGGGGUCCUUCUGGCUGGGGGAUUGUGCGAGUCCCAUUCAGGAAGUACCUUUUCCAGGCGUUGGGUGUUAGCAGUGCACAAAAUGAGCUUCUCCUCUUUGAGGAACUGCCCGUUCCACUGGCGCCUCUGUUCCCGUUAACUGUUGUUAUUAAUUGUGUAAUAAACGUUGGGAUUUAACUGUC